UGAAAAGGACUUCACUUCUAGCUUUGAUUUGGCUCUCAGUGUUUUGCCCAAUCUCAGUGGACGCCACAGAUUUUGAAUUUGUUGAAGAGCGAAUGAAGUACGAUGACGCUCAGAUCUACUGCAGAGGAAAAAACUCUGAUUUGGUCACAGUUCACAACUUAACAGAAAUGAAAGAACUGAUAAGUAAAUAUCCGACCAAGAAUCCGUACACCUGGAUAGGACUGCAGUUGGGAAACGAGUGGACAUGGCACUGGUCUCAGCCUGACCAGAGUACACACUUUUUACACUGGAGGCCUGGACAACCACAAACAGAAAAACGGGACGCGUGUGCAGCAAUGGAUGAAAACGGCAUGUGGUUUGAAGAAGACUGUGAAACCAAACUGAGCUUCAUCUGUUAUAACACUGGUGAUGCCAGCAGUUACACCUUURUUAAUGAGUCCAAAACAUGGAGAGAUGCUCAAAGUUACUGCUGGAAUGUCUCGUCUCAACUAGUUAGCAUACAGUCAGCAGAACAAAAUGCAGAAGUUCUUAGCAUGUCGGCAUCUAAAAUGGUAUGGAUCGGUCUAUUCAGAGAUCACUGGAAAUGGUUGGAUGGGAGCAACUCAUCAUUCCGUUUCUGGGGAACCAAUCAACCAACCAACCUCAACAGUAAAAUGUGUGCUGCUGCCAAUUUCCUACAAGAGGGAAUGUGGGAGAAUCGAAAUUGCCAAAACCCAAACAGCUUUAUUUGCUAUGGACAGCAGUCAACUCCGGCAAUGAACAGUUCCCAAACUACUCAAGCGAGCUUUUCAACGACAGAUCAGCUGUCGAUCAAUACGACAACUAUUUCACAGAACUCAUCACAAGGGUUCACGGCAACGUUUCGUUCCACUGUGGCUACUACUGAACUACUGAGCUCUACCAGUGCGACAGCCACGGCUCCAACAACUUCCAGUGGGCCGACAACGCCAAAUACCACAAAGUUUGUGUCACAUCCCUCGAGCACUGAGCUCAGUGAUGCAACUACACAAUCCACAGUAACACCCACAAUACAGCACCCAAAACCUACAGUCAACGUGACUACGAGCAGCGCUUCUACGUUAACAAUGGGAACAUCAGCUCAAAGUACACUAACAUCCACUGUCAACAAUCAAAGUUUGCAACCAGAAAACCUGAUACUAAUCCAGAAAAACAUGACGUGGAUCGACGCUUUGAGUUACUGCAGGGAGCACCACUUUGACCUCGUCCACAUCACUAACCAAGCCAUUCAGGACACGGUGGCUGAGAAGGCAAAGGGCGCCACUUCCUCCUUCGUGUGGCUGGGCCUACGCUACAGCUGCAGCUUUAAAUUUUGGUUCUGGGCCGGGUCGACUUCUGGCUGCUACCAGAACUGGGUCCCAGGGCAAGGGCCUGAUGGGGUGUAUACGUGUGGAGUCAGUGGUGCCAUGGACACCGCUAGGGGGCAGCAGUGGACUGGCUUGUCUGAAACAGAAGAACUGAACUUCAUCUGCAGCACAUGCCCAGGGUGACAGUGGACUGCUUGGCCCACUUUGAAAAGACAGAAAGCUUCUGGAGUUUUGAAGAGGAAAACUCGACAUGUUUGUGCUGAUCUUCUGAAGUUUUGAAGAAAAAAGUGCAGAAAGCCAGAUAACUUUAAGGGACUUUAAAUGAGUCAUCAUGGCUAUUUUGAUACACGGAGUCAUCUUUAAACACAGACUGAGUGUAAUUAAAAAGGAAAUAUGUGGCAUGUACAUGUGCACUUUCAGUCAUGAGAGGAAAGAGUACUGUGAGAAAAUUCUGGAGUUGCAAUUUGCAUAUUAACCUYCUCUCAUUUCAGUAUUAGAGCAUCCUAACUAUUAAACCACAAAAGCGUCUCCCCUUAUUAACCUGACCCAACCUUUGCUGGCAGUUCCUCAGAGAAACACACCUUACAACKUCCUGUUCCUACUGCCAUGACACACAAAGCACCUUGAAACCAUAUGCUGAAACUUUUU